AUGUACGUCCCAAAUUUCGGGUGUAAACCCAGCCUAACGGAGAGGCAGCUGUGCUGGCUGGCGGCCCUGGAGAGCGGCCACGACCAGCCAUGGGAUGCAUUCGUCAGGAUCAUCGAGAACUUCAUCUCCGAGACCGCCGAGACGAAGCCACACCGCGGCCAGGGCCGCGUCGACGCUGCUGCCAAUCCCCAGCGCGGUGGACGUGGCGCACGGCGUACGGCGGGCGCCGAGCGUCGCUACGACGCGAAUGCAGCAUCUGAAAUUCAGAAGCUGUACCGCGCGGACCGGCGCAAGGCGAUGCAGCGCGUCCUUGGCGAGAUGUCGCCGUACUGCCAAAAAGAUGGCAACGUGCUCAGGGAGCACUUCAGAAAUACCUACACUAAAACCGACUUAUCUGUUACAGAUGCACCAGCUGCUGUCCCGGACUUUGCCGCUACCACGCCUCGUGAUGUCAGCGAGGAGGUCCUGCCGCCGAUCACCGCCACAGAGGUGCAACAACGGCUCCAGAAGGCUAGUAAUACUGCUCCAGGGUCAGACGGAGUCACCUAUUCAGACUUGCGACGUGAGGAUCCUGGCUGCCAUGUGCUAGCUAAGAUCUUCUCGCGCUGCUGGAAUGAGCGGAAGACUCUAGUGCAGUGGAAAGUAUCCACUACCGUCCUCAUCCACAAGAAAUGGGACGUCUCGGACGUGACGAACUGGCGGCCUUUAGCAUUGAGCUCAACCAUCUCUAAGGUCUUUGCUGCAAUCGUUGCGGAUCGUACAACCCUCUGUGCAGAACGUUUGAACCCCCUCUCCCCAGAACAGAAGGGUUUCCGCACUUUUGGUGGCUGCUAUUACUUCAUCGUACAGACGGCGAUUGAUGAUGCAAGGCGCAGGGGAGGCAAAGCAUGCUUUGCUUGGCUUGAUCUAGCGAAUGCUUUCGGCUCAGUGCCUCACGCUCACCUCCUUGGAGUACUGAGCAGGAUGGGACUACCAGAGCAAUUGCAUCAGCUAAUUGCCGAUGUUGCUCGACCCACGUCCGGACAUCUGACGGACUAA